AUGAGUGGAGACACUGCCUGCAGGGCGGAGCCGGAUUCGGAGCACAACGGGGAGCUGGCCGACCUGGUGGCUGCCAUGAACAUGGCCUCCAGCCGGGUGACAUCACCCAACGGCAACAGGGCCGGUGCUCCGAGGCCCAGCAGCUCUCAGAGACCUCGGCUCUCUGACAGGAAGAUGUCUCUGCAGGAGCGUGGACCCCGCAUCGCCCGGCAGCCCACCAUCGAGACCAAACGUGUGUCCAUCACAGAUGCUGAUGACUGUGUCCAGCUCAACCAGUACAAGCUGAAGAACGAGAUUGGAAAGGGUUCAUAUGGAGUGGUGAAGUUAGCUUACGAUGAAGAUUCUGAACAGUACUACGCGAUGAAAGUCGUUUCAAAGAAGAAGCUGAUGAGGCUGUGUGGAUUUCUGCGCCGCCUGCCUCCUUCGAGAUCAAGCUCACAGGAUCCGUUGCCCAAAGCCGCGCUGUAUCUGGAGAAAGUGUACAAAGAGAUCGCCAUCCUGAAGAAACUCGACCAUCAUAAUGUUGUUAAACUGGUGGAGGUGCUUGAUGAUCCUGAUGAAGAUGGACUUCACAUGGCCUUCGAGUUGGUGACUAAAGGCCCGGUGAUGGAGGUUCCGACAGACGACCCGUUCACAGAGGAGCAGGCUCGCUUUUACUUCAGAGACAUUGUCCUGGGAAUAGAGUACUUGCAUUACCACAAGAUCAUCCACAGGGACAUCAAACCCUCCAACCUGCUGCUGGGAGACGACGGCCAUGUCAAGAUCGCUGACUUUGGCGUGAGCAACGAGUUUGAGGGGGCGGACGCCCUCCUGUCCAGCACGGCAGGGACCCCGGCCUUCAUGGCCCCUGAGAUGAUGAACGAACACGAGCAGGGCUUCAGUGGAAAGGCGUUAGACGUGUGGGCGAUGGGAGUCACACUCUACUGUUUUGUCUUCGGGAAGUGUCCUUUUUAUGACGAAUACAUCGUCGCCCUGCGAAUCAAAAUCAAGAACAAACCUGUGGACUUUCCAGAGACACCAUUGAUUUGUAGCGAACUGCAGGAGCUCAUUGAACGGAUGCUGGAUAAAAACCCUGAAUCAAGAAUUACCAUUCCUGAAAUCAAGCUUCAUCCGUGGGUGACGGAGGACGGCUCGGAUCCUCUCCCCCUGGAGGAGGAGCACUGCACUGCGUUGGAAGUCACUGAGGAGGAGGUGCAGAACAGCGUCAAGCUCAUCCCCAAGCUUUCUGCUGUGAUUGUGGUGAAGAACAUGCUGAGGAAGCGCUCUUUCAGUAAUCCCUUUGAGGUUCUGGGCAGACGGGCAGAAAGGUCCAUGUCUGCCCCCGGAGGUCUUCUUACGUAA